AGUGAGAAGACCGUCCCUUACAUUGGUGGUCAGUGGGAAGAAUGUUCCUUACAUUUGUGUUUAGUGGGAAGAUUGUUCCUUAGAUUGGUGUUCAGUAGGAAGAAUACUCAUUACAUUGGAGGUCAGUGGGAAGAAUGCUUCUUACAUUGGUGUUCAGUGGGAAGAUUGUUCCUUAGAUUUGUGGUCAGUGGGAUAAUGCCCAUUACAUUGGUUGUCAGUGGGCAGAAUGCACAUUACAUUGGUUGUCAAUGAAUUAAUGCCUCUUACAUUGGUGGCCAAUGAGAAGAAUGCCCCUUCAUUGGUGGUCAGUGGGAAGAAUGCCCCUUACAUUGGUGUUCAGUAGGAAGAAUACUCAUUACAUUGGUGGUCAUUGGGAAGAAUGCCCCUUACAUUGGUGUUCAGUAGGAAGAAUACUCAUUACAUUGGUGGUCAGUGGGAAGAAUGCUUCUUACAUUGGUGGCCAAUGGGAAGAAUGCCCCUUCAUUGGUGGUCAGUGGGAA